CUAAGUGACUUACAGCUACACCUUCCUUGUGAAGGGAAGGCAUAUUUAGCCUAAUGCCUGCAGCCACAAAGGCUUGAAGCAGCUUUUCUCUUAAUUCUCUCUGGGAAGAAGCAAUCAUCAGAUGACAGAUCUCUUAAAGGAAGGGGAAAAAAAAAUCAACAACGUUAGUAAGAGAUAGCCAGCAUCAGAUAAGAGAGCAGCCAGGGUAGAGGGGAGGGAGACAGAAACACUGAGAUCUGAGUCCCAAUUCCAACACUGCAGAGCACUACAUCUGUCAGAUCAGCAAGUGUGAAAGACUUGCAAAGAAAAAAAGGGGGGCAACCUGAAUAUAUUAGGGAAGUAAACUGACACUGCUUUAUUUCAUGAAACUGAACAGACUCUUCUAAAAAAGUGACAGCAGGAAGAGGUUUGUUGGGAGACUAGCAAUAGCCCCCACACGAAUCCAGCAUAUGAUUGAGGAAGAAGGAUCUGAGCACACAACCAGCUAAAAGAGCAAAGGGGGCUAGGAGAAGUGGGAAUAGGCGACCAGACACUGCAUAGGGGGACUCACAUAUAUAGCGCCUGCUUGGAUUUUCAGGAUGCUGUAUAGCGCAAAUCUACAUCUUCUUCUGCCAAUCCUCUUUUUGGGGCCAGCCAUCCAUGCACAGAAGUUUUCAGCUCUAACGUUUCUGAGAGUGGAUCAGGAUAAAGAUAGGGAGUGUAGUCUGGACUGUGCAGGCGCUCCAUCUAAACCUCUUUGUGCCUCGGAUGGAAGAACAUUCCUUUCUCGGUGUGAAUUUCAACGUGCAAAGUGCAAGGAUUCUCAGCUGGAAAUUGCAUAUAGAGGAAAUUGUAAAGAUGUUUCCAGAUGUGUAGCCGAAAGGAAAUACACUCAAGAACAAGCCCGCAAAGAAUUUCAGCAAGUGUUUAUUCCCGAGUGCAAUGACGAUGGCACAUACAACCAGGUCCAAUGUCAUAGCUACACAGGUUACUGCUGGUGUGUGUCUCCCAAUGGACGUCCAAUAAGUGGGACAGCCGUAGCUCACAAAACUCCUCGCUGCCCAGGAUCAAUGACAGACAAAGUUCCACAAAGAGAAGGUACUGGGAAAACAGAUGAUGUAUCUGCACCAGCAUUAGAAACACAGCAUCAAGGUGAUGAAGAGGAUUUUGCCUCUCGGUAUCCUACAUUGUGGACGGAACAAGUGAAAAGUAGACAAAACAGAACCCACAGAAACUCAGCAUCAUCUUGUGAUCAGGAACAUCAGACAGCAUUAGAAGAAGCCAGACAGCCAAAGAAUGAUAAUGUGUUCAUUCCAGAGUGUGCCAGUGGUGGACUGUACAAACCUGUACAAUGCCACCCAUCCACAGGAUAUUGCUGGUGUGUUCUUGUGGAUACAGGGAGACCAAUACCGGGCACAUCUACCAGAUAUGAACAACCAAAGUGUAACAAUAGUGCACGAGCUCACCCUUCCAAAACAAAGGAUUUGUUUAGAGGAAGACAAUUACAAGGGUGCCCUGGAGCAAAAAAGCAUGAAUUUCUCACAAGUGUGCUGGAUGCCUUGACUACAGAUAUGGUGCAUGCAGUAUCUGAUAUGUCUUCUUCUUCAAGCAGAGUUUCAGAACCAGAUCCAAACCACACUUUAGAAGAAAGAGUUGUCCACUGGUAUUUUAAACAGCUUGAUAAAAACUCAAAUGGCGACAUUGGCAAAAAAGAAAUUAAGCCCUUCAAGAGACUGCUACGGAAGAAAUCAAAACCAAAGAAGUGUGUGAAGAAGUUUGUAGAGUAUUGUGAUAUAAACAAUGAUAAGUCUUUGUCAGUUCAUGAGCUGAUGGGAUGUCUCGGAGUAACACAAGAGGAUGGUCCCAAAAAUAAUGGAGAGAGUACUUCUAGCAAUAAGCAGCAGAACUCAAAGAAACAAGGAUAAUUUCCGCGCGGAGUGACCAAGAUACAUUUUUCAGAAGCCGAUGCCCGAUUUGCUGUGUAGGCAGUGAUAACAAAUGAUAGUAUUUGCACUUUGUACUUUAAAUGUAAAUUCACUUUAGAAUUGUGAUAUUUAAACAGACUUUUGAAUCUGUGAAGCAUAAUGAAACUCAUGUUAAAAUUAUCGCAUACAAUGUAUGUGCCUUGUUCCUUGCUUUCUGUAACUUUUAAAGAUGUAAAAGUUUGCAUUUGAGCUUUUUUUUUAAUUUUUUUUAAUACAUAUUUUCUUACCAAAAUGUAAAUCUUUUAUAUGUGUGCUUUAAUAACAUAUUUUCAUGUAAUACAAUUUCCAAUAUUGCAUACCAUGUUCUUAGUUAUUUUAGUGCCAUUGUGGUAUAAAUCUCUGCUAAUAUCUGCUUUACUCACUCAUUCAAAUAAUUAACAAAAUAUGCGUUUACACAGGAUAUUGUUUUGGCAUCUGCAUGGUAGUACAAUGAAGCCUCUGGGCACAAUCUUUUCGUACAUUGGAAGGUUGUAAUAAAGUUUUUUUUGUUCUAUAUUUUACAUUUAAUCGCCAGAAACAAAACGGCCCAGAGAAAGUUUGCGUGUUGUCUCCUUUUAUUUUUACCUUGCUGAGAUUUUAUCCUCCCUUUCAUUCCUCCUUAGUGUGCCCUAGGGUCAAUUUGUAGCAAAAGCUAUCACCUGAACAAAUUAUGAACAUUUGCCUUGAGGAAGAGCAAGGACUUUGCAACCCUUGCCUUAAACAUGCUCCUUGCCAUCUGGGAGACGUUUGAACAGGCAUUUAUACCUUAUUCCUUCAUUCCUUUUGAGGUGCCUUAAGGGACAAGUAUUUGCAGAUGUGAACUUUAUAGCUGGAGUGCAUAAAAAAAGGUUUUCAAGACUCUGGACAUCAAUAAAUUAUAUUCAGCUGCUGCAAUGAUCAAUAACCCAAGGCACAGUUGAUAGACAAUGAAACACACCAGAUUUUUCUUUUUUCAUUAGCGUUUAGAGAAAAGGCUAAGUUAGAUUUACUUACGGCAUUUAACAGCUAAUAAAUAGUACUGGUGGCUCUCUCUUUACAUAUAUAUAUAUAUAUAUAUAUAUAUAUAUAUAUAUAUA